AAAUCGCUACAUUGAGGUUGACUUAGCCAUGCACGUAGAAACUGCUACACUCACGAAAUACAUUUCAGAYAGAGGAGUUUAAAGUUUUGGGGUUAUAUUUUCAGCACAAAUAUCAGUUUACAGACAUAAAGCUAUGCCUGAAGAUAACGACAAUCCCUAUUUAGUCUCAUGUUCCGCUCCUGUGAAUAUCGCUGUCAUUAAAUACUGGGGGAAAAGGGAUGAAGAUUUAAUUCUGCCCAUCAACUCAUCUUUGAGCGUCACCCUGCAUCAAGACCAGCUGAAAACCACCACAACUGUUGCAGUCAGCAGAUUAUUUAAAGAGGACAGAUUGUGGCUGAAUGGGAAAGAGGAGGACAUAACACAUCCAAGACUACAGUCCUGUCUGAGAGAGAUCAGACGAUUAGCACGGAAGAGGCGUAACGAUGGAAACCCUGAUUCCGCAGGAUUGUCUCAUAAAGUCCAUAUCUGCUCUGUUAACAACUUCCCCACUGCUGCAGGACUGGCCUCUUCAGCAGCUGGAUUUGCUUGUCUCGUUUAUAGUUUGGCUCAGGCGUUCGGUGUGGAAGGAGAUUUGUCUGGGAUUGCUCGUCAAGGCUCGGGCAGCGCCUGCAGAAGCAUGUACGGUGGGUUUGUAGAGUGGAAAAUGGGAAGCAGAGAAGAUGGGAAGGACAGUGUUGCCCAGCAGGUGGAGCCCGAGAGUCACUGGCCUGAGCUCAGGAUCCUUGUGCUUGUGGCCAGUGCCAAGCGGAAGCCAAUAGGCAGCACAUCUGGAAUGCAAACCAGUGUACAAACAAGUCUUCUGCUAAAGCACCGAGCGGAGUCUGUCGUCCCGCGCCGGAUGGACGAGAUGACCGAAGCGAUACGGAGAAAAGACUUCCCUGCGUUUGCUGAACUAACCAUGAAGGACAGCAACCAGUUUCAUGCCUCCUGCCUCGACACAUACCCUCCUAUCUUCUACCUCAGCAGCGUUUCUCAGCAGGUCAUCCACUUGGUGCAUCGUUACAACCGGCAUUACGGCGAGACCAGGGUGGCCUACAGCUUUGAUGCAGGACCCAAUGCUGUGAUCUUCACUUCACAGCAACACGUUCCAGAGUUUGUCCAGGUCGUUCAGCAUUUCUUCCCUCCAGACGCAAACGGAGAAGACUUUAUUAAAGGUCUGCCAGUGACUGACGCUGUUCUCUCAGAGGAGCUGAAACAGGCUGUUGGUCUUGAGCCCAUGCCAAAAGGAAUAAACUAUAUUAUUAGUACCAAGGCUGGACCAGGCCCCCGGGUUAUCAGUGAUCCCUCUCAGCACCUACUCUCAUCUGAUGGUUUCCCCAAGAAAACUCUGUGAAGCAAUACCUGAAGAAACAGCUGAACCUCACUGUGUACCAACAAAGUCAAUUUUAUCAAAUUGAAACAUUUGCUUUAGUUGUGUCAAUUCAAGCACCAAUUACCAAAUUUUACAACUGUGUCUUGUUAAUUGCAGUCAGUUUUCUUUGCUCUUGUGUAGCGCUCUAUGUUUGGAAGAUGGGCUCUUUUACAAUAAAAAAAACACGCUUUGACUCCCAAGCCAGCCAUA